GGCAGACAAAACGUAUCAAUUCAAGGUCAAGAUGACUUGCACUGGCUGCUCAAGUGCAAUCACUCGCGUCCUCACCCGCCUCGAAACGGCGGGCUCCAUUCAGUCCUUCAACGUGGACCUCGAAGGGCAAGACGUGACCGUUAAGCCUGGUGCGGCAGGAAUGGGCUUCGAUGAGGUCAGGGAGAAGGUGGCCAAGACGGGCAAGGAGAUUUUGAGUGGCGAGGUUGUUGAGGCUUGAGAGGGAGCGUGGAAGAGAGGGCGAGGAAGGGAGGCUUGCUGAUAGAGGCCAUGUCAAUAGAGCGUGUCGUCACUCGAGCAUAGAUCCUGUGACGAGCAAGAUGCGCAGAGCGAGAGAAAGCGUAGCGCACGCAAUCGCUCGCGAAGUCGGCGUCGCCGCGUUGUUGCCACUUUCUCAACCAGGAACGAGACGAACGAGAGCGGAUGAAAGCUUCAUCCGUGCGCCGCUCAGCAACGAUUCAUCCGAGCCAUCACUACCAACUUGGACUCACCAGCACACAAGUGACAUCCAGUCUACCCUCUUGUUGACCCGUAGAACAAAAGGACCCACCAUGACCGAGUCCAAGCCCAAGGUUAUGCCCAACUUGGUCUUCGAGGACCAGUCGGACACUACGUACCGGGUCAAGAUUCCCUCUGCCAGCUGCGCUGAGGCCAUCACUCGCCUCCUCACGCGCCUCGAAAAGCAAAAGGCCAUCGGACCCUUCUCUGUCCACCCUGAGAAGUACGAAGUCGUCGUCACCCCCGUGAAGGGCGGCGCAACUGACGGAGAGAUCAUGUCCCAGAUCGCCAAUACGGGAGCGGACAUCCUGGGCAUGAGCAGUUCGAUGACGAUCAGGGACCUGAAUCAAGACUGAUAUGAGCGAGGCGAGCUAGCUUGGGGCAGGCACCUGUUAAUUGAGUUCGGGUGCCGGUGAGGACGUGACACAAACGUGGUAUUCUCGUGGAGAGACUGAGAGGGCGUGGGGCGAAAGUGCGGCACAGACAUACACGAAGAUUUGCUGCUACCCCACUGUUCUCGUCGUACCCUUCUCUCUUCCUCUUCCUCUCCCUCUCCCUCUCUUCUAAUCCAUCACCGCGUCAAGACGAUCAUCUU